CCACUUAGCAGUAUCGCAGAUGUAGCAACAGCCAGCUGGAGAUCCAGUGGACAGAUUACACAUGAGCAGAUUUCAGCCUGCUCAGCUGCCUGAGACAGGCAUGAACACAGAGCUGUGAAGAGCAGAAGUCAACUGUCUGUGUGGAGCUAACGUCGAGGCGGGGCGACAUUUAUCGACGGCAAGUCUUUCUCACUCUGUUUGCUGUCUCCAACAUUCUCGCCAACAUGCAUCAAGCAUGACAAUAAACUGGUUUAGCUGGGUGACGGGGGAAAAGUAAUGUAACAGAAAACUUUCGACGAGUCCCACCUGGAUCAGAAGCACGGCGCAGCGGCAGAGAAAAACAUGGGGAAGAAGGCAAGAUGACGGACUUAACGUUUAACCAAGGAGAAGCGUAAAGAGCCAAUAACAGUGUGACUUCAGUAUGGCACAUCGUUCUCAGUGUUCCUCUGCCGGGGAUAACCCCCUGGACCCCAACUACCUCCCCCCUCACUAUCGGGAAGAGUAUCGCUUGGCUAUUGACGCUCUCAUUGAGGAAGAAUUGGAGGGAUACUACCAGUUUCUCCAAAAAGCAGAUGUGGUGGACUUCUUGGCCUCAUCUGAGAUUGAGUAUAUCUCGAGCUCUGUUCAGGUGCCUCAGCAGAGCAACAACCCUGAACAAUAUUAUCAAGAGGAUGAAGGAGAUGGCUCCUCAGACACUUACUGGCCGAUUCACUCUGACCUGGACGUCCCAGGCUUGGACCUCGGCUGGCCUCAGAUGCACCACUUCAUCGGGCCCACAGAGGUCACCACUCUGGUCAACCCCCCCGAGCCUGACAUGCCGAGUAUCAAGGAGCAGGCCCGGCGACUUAUCAAGAAUGCUCGGCAGGUGAUUGCCAUAGUGAUGGACAUGUUUACUGAUGUUGACAUACUUGCGGAUAUUCUCAAUGCUGCUAUGAGAAAUGUUGCUGUCUACGUCCUUUUAGACGAGCAGAACGCACAUCACUUCGUCAACAUGGUUUCUAACUGUAGAGUUGAUCUACAAAGCAUUCAACUUUUACGCGUGAGAACAGUGUCAGGCAUCAAGUACCACUGCCGCUCAGGGAGCACCUUCACAGGUCAGAUGAUGGACCGCUUCUUGUUGACAGACUGCCGGGCUGUGCUGAGUGGAAACUACAGCUUCAUGUGGUCUUUUGAGAAGCUCCACCGCUGUAUGGCACACCUUUUUCUUGGACAGCUCGUUACGACCUUUGAUGAAGAGUUUAGGAUUCUUUUUGCUCAGUCCCAACCACUGAUUAUUGAAAACCUUGCUCCAAUGGAAGAGUUAAGCCUUUCACAAAAGAGUCAAUAUCCAAGAGAAAGAACAAUGUACAGAGAGACAAAGAAAUUUCAGUCACUGGACACCGGUCAUCCAGAUGAGGGGCUAAGGCAUCCUUACGGUGAACGCAUGGAUUUGAGAAUGAUGGCCCUUAAAAAGCAGGAAUCCUUGCAAGGCCCUGCAGACAUGCACAGUAGAUUUACACCCCAGCAUCCUCGCAUGGAUCCAUCUUUUGAUCAGGGCCCUUCCAGAAUGCCCACGAUGGAAAAUCCUGCCUUCAAACGUCACAGUUAUGCUGAAGGCAGUCAUGGUAGAUACUCUUUGCCAUUCCUGCAGCAACAGGGAAUGCCAGAAUCUGAGAAACUGGGAAGGCAGUUCUACAGGGGGCAGCAGCCUGGACCAGCCCCAGGAAGAGAGGCAGAUACCGGUGCCAAUGAGAAGUUCUGGAACCAAGACUUUUAUUCGGCAGAUCCUAAUAUUGAGCCUGGUUUACCUCCAGAGGUCGAACCAGGUGAUAACUUUGACCCUGUGCUCAACUAUUUAACAUCUACCAGGAUUGCCGAAUUUGACAAAGGCUCAGAGGAAUUGCAACCUAUAGCAGAUUUUCCGUUUGGUUCAUCUCACCCUAGAAGAUCGAGUCUAGGCAACCAACAAGCGUUUCAAGCGUCUCCCACCCCAUCAAAUCCAACUGAUCAGAAGCAGUCUUUCCAGGAGCCUAUCGCUGACCGCAAGGAUCCUUUGGUGAAACGGGGGCUAAGAAACUGGAGGAUUAGCUCAUUUCUAAGUGCACAUGAUAAUCCAGAAGAGGAAGGCCUGCCAUCAGCACCACUAAAUGCACAGGAUCCAUUUGAAGUGCCCUCUAACCCCAUACAGCAAACAGCAGGCAUAGAUUUAGCACUCCCAAAAAUGCCUAAUUUCAGAGAAUUUAGGGUUUCUGCAAUACCAAGGGCAAGUCAGAUGCCAAGUUUUGUCACCACAAGACAGCCAAGGAAAUUGCCUGAUGAAAACACUGCAGUAGCAGCGGAAACAAAAACAACACCAACACCUUCAGAAUCCUCAUCAUCCACAACUGAAGUGGAGAAACUAGAGGACGUAGAACAAAAGGAACCAAAAAUGUCUGGCCUUCGGAGGGAGGAGUCGUUCCGUCGGAAAUACAAUGCAGCUAUACCGAGGAGCUCUAGGCUAAGAUCCUCUAUGAUAUUCAGCUCUCUGGACCAGAAGAAUACUGCUCCAGGUAACCAACAGGAUGAGGAAGGAGACAAAGAUGAGGCAGAACAGACAAAACUACCUUUUGUUUCUCAAGUUAUGGGACAAAGGAGGACUGCAAGAGAACCUUUUGAGUGGAGUCGUUACAUGAAGUCAGCCACCUUUGAAAACUCUGCCACAGACCAAUCCAAACCAGAUGAUGGUAACAGUAAGCCAAAGGAUGAAAAUUCAGAGGAUCUUUCAGAGGCACAAAAAACAUUAAAACAGCCAAGUGUAGAGCAAGCAGAUUCUUCACAAUCAGUGCCCCAAUCCAAAGCUUCUGAAACUGAGCUGCCAAAAACUGAUCAACCAGUAGAGCCAACCAAACCUUUGCUCACCGCUCCUUUGUAUGUAGACAUGUCUGAUCCUGAUAAUAGGCUCUUGUUUUUCAAAGAACUGGCAGCAAAACGCAAGGCUACUAAUUCUGCAGAGGCUGAAAAGAGCAAAGAGAAGGCUCCAAUGAAAACACCAAUUGAGCUGAAAAGCAACACAGCUGUUGAAAAGGGGAAGCCUGUACCAAAAGAAACCUCAGAAAAGAUGGCUGAUGCUUCUAUAUCUAAGGGUUCAAUAGAUAAAAAUGCUAAUGCCAAGGAUGCAGGGAAACCAGUAUAUACAGAAGCGUUCAAAGCAGCCAGUCUAUCUUUGGAUGCCUCCAAAAGCUGUAAACAAGAACAAACCAGAGUUGCAACUGAUUUGGAGAAGAUAGAGCUUAGUAACAACCAAACAAAAGCAACUCUGCCUGUUUCUGCAGAAACAUCAAAACCUCAGAGCCAAUCACCAGAAGAGCCAAAGCUGUCAAAUCCUGAUGUAAAAACAAGUAGCUCCAGCCACCCCCCUACACCAACAAAUGCCACUCCAGCUAGCGUGCAAUCCCUUGCACAAGGUACAGAUAAAAGUAAAAGCCCCUGCCUUGAUUCUAGCUCGAAAGAGUCUAGUUCACCCACUCCCAGUUCAGAGAAGGUCCCACCAUCUUCUGAAUUAGCAGUAUUGGAUUCAAACACUCCAAACCAUGAAUCCCUUCAGUUAGAAACCAGCAUUUCUUCUGACCCAUCAGGCCAAAGCUCAUCCUCUGAACAAAUCACUGGUUCACAGAUCAGUCCAAGUCCUUCUUCGUCUAGCCGUGCUAUUUCUUCCACUUCAUCAGAAUCCAUAUCUUCUAGUGUUACCCAGAAAGACUCAAGCUCAACAGUAACUCCCAGCAUAUUGUCCCCUAAUGCACAGGAAUCUGUCAGCCCCUCCCUGCCAGCAAACUCCCAACUGACGUCACCUGAUACCAUUUCAGCAACUGACUCUGCACAUGUGGAAUCUGACAUUUCUCCUGACACAUGUGCUGCUCGUUCAGAGCCAAACAAACCUUCACUACAGUCCCAUACAAAGACAGACUCUGAAGAUUCAAGUGCUCCUACACCUUCUGAAAAAGAUGUCCCGGAAUCAGAAAACAACUCUGUUCCUAAGGGUGUUGGAAAGAAAUCUGAGGUUCUUGGAUCAUCCGAGAAUGUCAAAGCCGAUAGCACACCUCCUAGCCUUAGCCCCUCAUUGCCGAAAUCUUGUUUACCUAAUGUAUCUAACCUAGAAAGCAAAUCCAAAUCUGCUAAAAAUGAGACAAAUACUCCUUCCCCUUCCCCAGCAGACCCUCCACCCAAACAUUGUCCAGCAGAACCAAGCUCUAACGCUUCGAAUUCAAAAAUACAAGCCACCCCUCCCUCAAAACUUAACCUGAAAUGUUCUGUCACUCCUCCUGAAACAGAAUCCUCUUCAACUCCUUCUUCUCUGUCACCUGAGGCUGAAACAACAAAGGGUGUUGGAAAGGAAUCUAAGGUUCUUGGAUCAUCAAACAAUGUCAGAGCUGAUAACAAACUUGCUAGCCUUAGCCCUUCAUUGCCUGAAACAUGUCUACCUAAUGCAUCUGACCUAGAGAGUCAAUCCAAAUCUGCUCAAAAUGAGACUAAUACUGCUUCCCCCACCCAAGCAGUCCCUCUACCCAACCAUUAUCCAGUAGAAACCAGCUCUCCUGUCAACCCAGACUCUACUACUAAUGCUUCCCAGUCAGAAAGACAAGCGGCCCCUCCCUCCAAACUCAACGUGACAAGUUAUGUCACUCCUACUCCUCCUGAAACAGAAUCAUCUUCAACUCCUUCUUCUCUGUCACCUGAGGCUGAAACAACAAAGGGUGUUGGAAAGGAAUCGAAGGUUCUUGGAUCAUCAGAGGAUGUCAAAGCUGAUAGCAAACUUACUAGCCCUAGCCCUUCAUUGCCUGAAACAUGUCAUGUAUCAGAUCUAAAAAGCAAUCCUUUAGAGCCACCUGUACCUGCUAAACAUCUGGACAGUCAGAAUGAAGCAAGGAAAGAGACUGAAAAGACUGACCCUGUUGCGAAGAAAACUGGUGAUACCAAGGCAACAAAUAAGGUCAAUAAGACUAGUACACGGGAGUCGGUUGGUAAUGAAAAAACGAAUGAACGAGUAAGCCAGAACAACUGCUCCGGAACGCCAGAGAUCACACCAGAUGUUCCUUCGUCACCACAGUCCAAGCAGCCAAAAUCUAGCCAGUCUCGCUUCCAAUCAUCAACAGCCAACGUGAUCUCAAGCAGCAACCUCAGAGACGAUACAAAGCUGCUUCUAGGGCAGAUCUCUGCCAAUAGCCAAAGCAGGAACGAGGCUGCCAAAGAGGCUCCUGUCACUGAUGAUGAGAAAGAAGACAAAGCUGACAAAAAUGCCAAAAGGGAGAAAGAAAUAGGUAUCAGGUCCCUUAGCAGAGGGCAGCCGAAGUCAAUUGAGGAGCGUGACAAGCUGUUGGAGAAGAUUACACAUAUGAGGAAGGAGAGGAAAGUUUACAGCCGAUUUGAGAUGGCACCGUAAAUGGAAUCGUAAGAAUGAACUGAGCAUCAAGUGUGUGUAGAAAGAAAAGAUUACAUUUUAAAGCUGAAAUGAUGACCAAGAAAUGUUUCUGACCAAUGACAUUUUCUGACCAAAGACCUUUAGUUUGUUUUCUGCAACAACAAAAAAAGCAUAUUAUGCAAACAGGAAGGGGACCUCGAGCUGGCUUUAACUGGUAAAACUAGCAGUUCAACAAAUGAAUAGAAACCUGAUUUUCCAAUUGUAUUACAAUGACCAACAAAACAUGAACAUCGACUACGUGUGUGUGAUCUGAUGAUUAAUGAUGUGUUUUUACUGACUGCAUGGGUGAAGUGCAAUGUUUGAAACAGGAUCUCUGUGAUGACGUCUGUCCUUUCUUUUUUUAACGGCACUGACAGCCAUUACAUUAAAGUAUGUUGGUUUUAAAAGUGUAAUAGAUCAUCUUUAUAGUCAGAGUCUGUAAUAUACUGUAUUUGAUAUUGUAGUUUUUCACAAUCAUGUUAAACAAAGAUACUGAUUAUUACGAGGGUUUGUGAAACUAGUAAAUAAAUACAUUCAUAUCCACGCAGGGCUCUUGUUUCAGUGAAAAUAUGUUAAUUUUAAUAUAAGCAACAGUGUCAACCAUAUUGUGGUAUUUUUGAUGAAUUGUUUAUCAAACGAACAAAAUGUCAUUUGUUAUGUUUAAAACCAAAGCUACAUGCAUGGCUGGAUUCCACUGGGGCAAGUGACUGUAUAUGGUGUUAUCUUAUGUAAUUAGCUAGAACCAACUCUAUUUUGUCUCUGAAAAUGUGCUUUUUUUCAAUGAACACAUGUCAUACCUGUACACUGAAACAAGAAAAUCUGAGGCUGCAAAGACUACACGACAGUAUGUAAAAUUGUGCCUUGAAAUACUAGAUGUAUUGAGUCUGUCUUCAGCAGCACUUGCGCUUUGUAAAUCAAAUGUCUUCAAAUGGUGGUGUUAUCCUGUCAUGAAAUUGCCAAAAGAAGGUACUAUGAGAAGCAGCGCUGGUUUCGUUGAUAAAAUGUGGCUAAAUUGAGUAAUUGCUGUUUAGAUCUUUUUCAGAUCUUACAUAAUAGGGAAAUCACAGGUCUUAAUUAUAACAUUAACUAUGACUCCAUUAUAGUCAAAUGUCCCAUUUAGCCAGCAUAAACAAUAACACCCUGAAACGUAUAUGGAACUUAAACAUCAUUCAUUAUUUACUCCUGUAAUUUUUCUAAUGGGAUAGAUCAAAAUGGGUUCUGUCAAAAAUAACUACUCUUUUUUUACUUGUCUCUAAAGAAUUAAUAAAUUGUUAUAACGUGUGUUGACAGUGUGUGAGUAUCAAGUAUUAAUCUUGAAAUGUUUUGGCUCUAUGAAACCUGAUGUACUUAUAUGAUUCUGUUUUCUUCAAGGUUGUAUCUUCUUGGUCGAAUGCACUUAUUGUAAGUCGCUUUGGAUAAAAGCGUCAGCUAAAUGCAAUGUAAUGUAAUCUUAGAAACUAAUGACAUACACAAAGAUUGUAUUGGUUUAAAACAUGAUUAAAAGGUCAGUUGUCAAAUAUGGA